GUGGCAUACGGACGUGGUUUUCCGUGGCAUCGAAGCGCGAUCGCGCACGCAGCAUAAGCUCACAAUCCUCGUCCACUAGUAGUUCGAAUUAGCAUAUCAUAUAGUCAGGCCCUCUAUAAACCGGCCAUUUGGCACUGUACUGGGACUCGCCGGACGUUUUGGUAAGCCUAGUUAGUCCCCAGGGAGAUACGUUGCGUAUAAUUUCGCACGCAAUCGGAAUACACGUGUUGUGGUGCAUGUUUGGCAAUCCGCCACCGAAGAUCAUCGGCCGCUUGUCAUCGGUACUACGAAACAGUUGUUCGCACGUGUGGUGUUGUUAAUCCGUUACCGAAAUUGAUCGAACCGAAUCGAGCGUGAGAGUCGAGUGCAACCGACGGUCUAGUCGGUUCGAUCGAUCGAUCGAUCGAUCGUAGUGUUCGUAGUCGUCGGUUAGCUUAGGCAACCUCCUUCCUGGCAUCAUCAUCUUCCAGUGGAGGUGUUUCGGUGAAAAUAUACGGUUUUCAGUUCGUUCCGGAAGACCCCUUGCGCUCGACGCCGUCCCCGUCCCCCCGAAAAGUGUUUAGUGGUCGAUGGAUGAGUCUCGUCCCGUGUGCCGUGAUUUAUUGGUGUAGUAGCCGUUUGCGAGUCAGCCGUUUUUUUUGCAGGGGCUGGUUCGGGGCUGGUGAAGGUAUUUUGAUUUUAAAGUGUUUCCGACCCGAUCGCUGGAGCUGCUUGGCAAGCAGCAGCAGCAGCCUUCCCAUUUUCCCAAAACCAAUUCGACAUCUUUUGCGCUUUUGCUCUUCCGAUGACCUAGGUGCUGUGCGUCAGUGCAUCCGGUGAAAGGAUUUAUACGCCCGGAUAGUUUGCACCAAGUGUUGUGCGGUUUGUGUGUGUGUGUGUGUGUCUGUGCGUGCGUGUGGGGUGAAAGAAAACAGCAGCUAGUGGCCAAGCAGCAGCACAUUCGGUGAACAGGGAAUCGACCGAAGUAGUAGUUCAGCCUUCUGUCAGAUUGCUGCACGCUCGGGCCCUAUCGGUAGUCGAUCGGACGACGAUCGAAUCGAAACUGGUUGGUUGGCCACUAGCCGGGCCUGCCACGGAGCUACCGAUGCGAUGAAGUGGAGUAGCUUGGGCAUAACGGCCCUGCUGUCGUUACUUGUCUUUGCCGGCCUAUGCUCGUUCGCUGAGGCUCAGCGAGGAAGAGUUCGCUUUUCGUCGCAGUCACAGCUCAGCGAUGAGACGACGAGUUCAUCAGAAUUACCCGAAGCGGCAUCAAUUGCGGCACCGCGCACGAUCCAAAAUGUAGGAUUCGUACGCCGUCGCACGGCACGGCCACCAACGCCGGGUGCGCCUGAAACAUCUGCCGCCACACCGAGAAGAGACUCAUCGCGUGAGGUACCUCAGCCGAAACGACGACCGAACGCAUCCCGUAGAAGCUUUGACAGUUCGGAAGAGGAACCAGACCAACAGCAGCAGCAACAGCUUACGUCUGUUCGCUCGAGGCAGCAAAGUUCGUCCUCGUUAAGAUCGGAAGUUGUACUGCAGAAUACCUUCACGCGGCGAGUGCUCCCGGAAAAGGAGUCUCAAAGCACGCCCAAAGAGGGUACGACCGAUGCUCCAUUAAGCCGACGACGUGGCAAACAACGGAACUGGCAGGAAGAACCAGUGACCAACGCUAAUGUGCCGAGCCGUGCGACUAGAAGAAACAAUCGAUUAACGACGACGACGACGACGACGACGACGAGGACGGAACUGGCGACAAAACUAUCGAACGAAGUAGUCGGUGAUGGUGAUGCUGAUUCCAGCACGGGCCCGGCACGUGCCUCUGCCGAGGUUGGUCGAUCGCGGGGCGUUGUUAGGGCGACAAUCAAGUUGGUCGCGAAAGACCGCACCGAUGAGGGUUCAUCGUCGUCGGAGGAGAACUAUCCCGAACCGUUCAAGAAGCUGCUGAAAGGGAAAUUAAACGAUGAAACGCUGAAAACCGUUUACGUUAAGAAGCUAGACGGUGUUAAGGAGAAACCGGGACUCCGCCGUUCCUCGUUUGAACGCAACACCAGCAGCAGCAAGGAGUCUAGUGGAGAGCUUGGUGGAAGGCGAAGCUUUAGAACUACGACGAGUACGACGGAACCAGCGACGGUGAAGCCAACGACGGUGGUCGAGUAUCGCCAAGAGGUAAAGGAUAGCGUAAAGAGCGCUCGGUACACGCAGCAAGCACUACACUCCUCGCCAAGCAAGUCUUCGGAACAGUCGUCGUACCGUAGCUCUCGGAUACUGAAGGACAAAUCCACCUCCACGGAAGCGUUCCUGCAAAGCUUACAAUCCUCCCGGGAAAGCGGCAGCGAACAAGAAAUUUCCAGUGAGCGUGUUUCUUCGGCGCGCCAACACACCAGGACGCGGGCACGAGUGACGGAGAUUACGCAAAAGUCCGAGGAGCAGAUCAAGAGUUUCGUCAAAGUGUCGGGUGAGGUGCUCGAGUCGGAACCACCGCAGAAGGGUUUACGAUCAUCCAAAGAGAAGCAAGAGCAGGAACAGGAAAGCACCGGCGGGCUGUCAGCAGAGCGUACGAAAGAAGGAAGUGCAAGAAGGAACCUACCGGGAGCUCGAGGACGUGUGCAAGUACUGAGUACAACGACCGCUGGACCGACGACGACCGUGAAACUGAUUACACCUCGCCCAAUUCGAACGUACACACGGCGACAGAAUACGCUCAGCUAUUUGACCUCGACAACGACCGCACCGACCACAACGACCCGAAAACCAUUCUCUCCGGCCCCACGGAAUAGCUCGACUUUGACGCAACGAAAACCAUCGCCGGUUACACCGACGGUCACGAUCGGAGAGGAGGGACCGAAAGAGCGACCAUUGCCGCAGGGGAAUGCUGCCAGGCGUACAUCAGCUUCUUCAAGGUUGCAGCAAGGACCGAAUCGACCACCGAUCCAGGCGGCGAUUGCCCGAACCAAAUCGCCAGACACAUUCUCUUUUCCUCGCCGGGGAACGGAGAGCCCGAAUCGGGACGAGGGUCCCAGGAAAGUAUCGCUACUCUAUCCCGAUCCGCAACUGCAAACGAAACGAAAACUUACCGAACCGGUUGCGGUCGAAAAGCAAUCGAACGGUUCCGAGAGGGCGCUUCCCAUCAAGUCGCAGCCCGCGUUCCGCCCGGUUGUACCGACGACACCGACGGUGCCGACUCCCCGGAAACCAUUGCCAACGGGUCGCACGAGUGGAGCCGUAAGAACGACCUCAGUACCGGUACGCAGCAAAUCGUCCCCAAAUAAUGCGCUCAAACGGCCUCUGACGUUCGCUUCGAAUCGUAGCAACAAGAAAUCGGCCGUCUACACACCAACGAUACCGACCUUCACUACGCAACCAACGGUAAAGGUUACACCUGAUGGCAAUAAUUCGCAAAAGCCCGCUAACUCCAGCACAAAACCGCCAAGCCGCCUCGCAAGUCUAUCCUCCCUCUCCUCUACCGCUGCACACGCUAACGAAAUCAGUCUCGAUGGCGACGGUCACGGCGACGGUGACCGUGAUCUCGAGGACGAUCGGGAAGUGAUCGAGCCUGAGGACUACAGUGAGAAUGAGCUAGAACCGGGUGAGGUGCAACGUGCCGUACCGUCACGGCAGCAGAAUCAAAGGCUGGAGCAAGGAUCGAUCGGUAGCGAACCUCAGCUGGUGCCGAUCCUGGCGGGCCUGACGCAGAGUCGCAUCGAUGUCGAUACACCGAACCAUCGGGCAGGACAGCAGCCGGCCACGGGUCCUGCGGUGACCGUGUCGAUAUUCAGCGCCCUCUCCGAGAUCCUUUCGCAGCCAACCGAAAGUUUACAAUUUUUGUCCUCCAGCACCGAUGCACCGUCUUCUACUUCUUCUUCUUCUUCCUCAACUUCUGAGCCUUCCUCAACGAGCACCACUUCAACAACCACCACCACUACCACUACAACCACCACUACCACCACAACCACCACCACUACUACGACUACACCACCACCCCCUCCCCCUCCACCGCCACCAUCGACACCGUCACCGAUAUCGUCUCUCUUACUUAGCAAGUCCAGCAACGACAAGGUACUGGAGGUAGUUUUGGGCACCACGCCUGUCACGACCACCUUUUCCGAUGUACCGCCCGUAAGCGUGGGCGAUAUGUCUGUAAAUACUACUAGCCUUCUGGAGCCCUACGCUGAUAACAACCCCCCGUUUGUAAAUAAACCCGUUCUAACAACGUUCGCAACAAGCACUUCGAUCGCGGAGGGGAUCAAGCCGGCUGUCACGACCGGCGGUGCACCGGCGGAACCGGAACCGGCGGGACAGUCGCAUCAUGAAUCGAACGAAAUUCAAUGGUCAACAACCGUGUCCCCGCCAUCAGCCGCUGGAACGAGCGCUGGAUACGAGAUCGAUGAAAACGAGAUCGAAAAUCGCAUUCUGACAGAUGAAGUGAGCAAAGUAGGCGAUCCUAGUAACGUCGGCACCGUCAUACCGACGACCAUGACGACGACGACGAUAGUGAAUGCGUUUUCGUCGGACGAUGUACCACAUCAAGAUGAUGCUGAUGUUGAUGUUCCUUUGUCCACCACACAGAGCCCGCUAGUGCCGGUGGAAUCGACGGUGACGGCGACGGCGACGGCGACAACGAAACCAACGACAGAACGCUACACGACUGAAGCAUGGGACGAAGCAGAUCUAACCACUGCUACUACUACUACUACUACUACUCCAGCAGCUGAUACUACUACUACUACUACCAUCGCUUCUACUACGCUUCCUAGUGUUGUUGUGACUACGGGCAGCGCUGCAGAGCAUGCUGAGCGCGUGUUUAUAGUCACUGCUUCCAAGACUGAUGCCUUACUAAUUGAGAGCGCUUCUACCACAUUCAUUCCGCUACAUACUACCGAAUUCGCCACGACUCCAACCCCCAUCCCCGAGCCCUCCACCACCACCACCAUCCUUAAUCCUACAUUCCCUCCUCCUACGGAUCGGCUGGACUCUUCCGAGGGAGCACAGCAUUGGCCAGACGCAACAACGUCCACAGU